UGUCGCCAUCGAUCAAUGACAUUUUGUGUAGUUGAAUUUAUUGUUAAAAGCGUUAAUGUAAAUAAUAAACAAUUCCAGUAAAAAAAUCGGCUUCCAGUCGAUAUGUAUGCCAAGGGCAAGGGCUCUACGGUGCCUUCGGACGCUCAGGCCCGCGAGAAAUUAGCGUUAUAUGUGUACGAAUAUUUAUUGCACGUCGGCGCUACCAAAGCGGCCCAAACAUUUCUUUCGGAAAUACGAUGGGAGAAGAAUAUAACGUUGGGGGAGCCUCCGGGGUUCCUGCAUUCGUGGUGGUGCGUGUUCUGGGACCUAUAUUGCGCUGCUCCGGAGAGACGCGACACGUGUGAACAUUCAUCCGAGGCAAAGGCAUUUCACGAUUACGGAUUUGUUAAUUCUGGAUAUGGAGUCAACGGUAUUGGACACAACGCCGGCCCGGCACCUCCUAACGACGGUAUGGGUGGUGGAGGAAUGCCACCAGGUUUCUUUCCGAAUUCGCCUCUUCGUCCGUCACCGCCGGCACCUCACCCUGGGUCGCAGCCGUCGCCUCACGGUCCCCAGCCACAGCUCAUGGGCACGGGGCAGCCUUUCAUCGGACCUUGGUAUUCGGCAGGUGGCCCGAGGGGCGCAGUCAGGAUGGGGAUGGGGAAUGAUUUCAAUGGACCGCCAGGUCAGGGGAUGAUGGGUAAUUCAAUGGAAAGAGGGGGGUCAGGUGCUGCAGGACUGCUGGGGCCCAGGAUGACGCCGCCGAGGCCCGGCAUGGGACCCAUGAGUCCAGGGGCGUACGCAGCGGGAAUGCGAGGUCCACCACCUCAGGGACCAGGUAUGGCGCCGAUGGGCAUGGGGCCGCGCGGGGCGUGGUCAGGCGGUGGGGCGGGCGGGGCGGCGCCCCUCAACUACAGCGGGGGCUCGCCCGGCGCGUACGGGCCGCCCUCGGGCUCCAACGGCCCCCCGGGUCCGCCCACACCCAUCAUGCCCAGCCCGCAAGACUCUUCUAACUCUGUUUGUCCAGGCCUCGGGGGCGUGGACGGCAUGAAGUCGUCUCCCGGGGGCGUGGGCGGCGGCGGCCCCGGUACACCCCGGGAGGACUCCGGAUCCGGAAUGGGCGAUUAUAAUUUAAGUUUCGGGGGACCCGGAGGCGACCAAAGCGACCAAACGGAAUCCGCAGCAAUACUUAAGAUAAAAGAGAGCAUGCAGGAAGAGGCGAAACGUUUCGAGAAAGAUCCUGAUCAUCCGGACUACUUCAUGCAGUGAGACCCGAUACGUGCUGACCAAUGGAUUUCUCAAGAACCAUCAAGGACCUGCACCCGAGAAUAGGACAGUGCUUCAAGUGUAGAAAGUAAGAAAUUAUUUUGGUCCGCAAUGUAAUGAAGCACUAGAUUUAUUAUUAUUAAGAUAUAUUUUGUAUCAGCAUUUUUUUUAUUAGCAUGAGAGCCUAAAGGUUACGUUAACAAUUAUGUUUGACCGAAUGAUUACAACUCCCAGAUUUAUACUCCGAUCGAUGGAUGUCAUGACAUUAUGAGUGUGUAUCGUAGUGCUGUACAUUACACCGAGAUCUAUCAGUGAUUUCAAUUGGGGAGCUUAAAAGUUGCGUGAAAUUGUUUAAGUGAGUUUCAAUGUUUUAAACCGUGCUGUCUUUGUUUCGGGAGAUAAUUUCUUCUGUGUGCUAAUGGAAUCCCCGUUACUGUUACACAGCUAUGGCUUAUCUAUAUAUUCUAAUGACGAAGAACACGUAAAGUUUUGUGGGUUCUGCUGCGUUCAUGAACAGUUCAAUACUAGAGGUAGGGUCUUCCGUGUUCUAAUUCUAUACAACACACUGCCUUCUACUAUUCACUAUAUACAAAUGAUAUAAUGUAGUGCGUUUAUUUUUUGUUUACUAAUUCAAUGGCUUCUGAAAUGACUUUUUUUCCUUAACUAUUUGCUGGUAGUCUAAGAGGCUAUUCUAGCUAUGUCCGGAGGCGUAGGUG